CAUCCCAAUGCACUGAAUGAUAACCUUUGUAAAUUGUGUAGAAGGAUUAACUUGUUAUCAUGCCGGCAUGGUCAAUGUGGGCUGAAUGUUUCUGUGCUGGACUGUUCUAUGUUCAAUCUCAGAACCUGGUGUUUCUUUGCAGCAUGUCAACUCUCCUGCUUUUAUGGAGUACUUUUUGGGAUUACAUUGAUGAUCACUUUAAUGGCAAUAACUAUUGACUGCUACUGGGUUAUUACAAAACCGUUACAUUGUAUUGGCUUGAGAAGAAAGAAGAAUACCCAGCAGAUUACUCUUGCUGUUUGGCGCCACUCACUUGCAUGGAGUCUCCCUCCACUGUUCAGAUGGAGUAAAUACAUUGUUGAAGGUCUCAUGACUUCCUGUACCUGGGAUUGCCUGACAAUAUCUCCUUCCCACAGGACCUUCACCCUGAUGCUCUGUUGCUUUGUAUUCUUCGUACCUCUGGUUGUGAUAUCCUACUGCUACAUAGUCAUGUUCAAGGCUGUUCAGAGCAGUUGCAGGGAUAUCAAGAAGAUGGGAGGUUAUAGAAAAAGCACAUACGUUAGCCAAUAACAAACUUGACACAAUGAAUGGAAGCUGGACAAGAUUGCACUCAUAGCCAUCAUAGUAUUUAUUUUCUCAUGGUCUCCGUAUGCAUGUGUCGCAUUAGUUGGUUGUGCGGGGGAAGUGUAUCUACACAUUAUGUAG